CCUCCCCCCCCCCCCCAAGGUGGACGGGAGGACCACACCGAGAUCCAGAGCAUCACCUGGAGCGCUUCCCCAUCCACAAGGCCCAGUUCAGCCGCGACGGCGAGUCGGUGGGUGGCCACUGGCGUCAAGAACAAGAUGUUUCUACAUUACGACAUGAUGGAGUGGACGCGUGGUGCCAGUUUUCUCCGUCAGGGGUCUGAAGCAAGCCAGUGUGAGAGAAUUCUCUGUGUCUCCGGAGGGAGACUCUCUGCUGCUCUCCGGGAACGACGGAUACCUGCACGUCCUGAAACUCAAGACAAAGGAAGUGGUACAGAGUUUGAAAAUCAACGGCUUCUGUAAGCGGAGUGGCCUUUUCUCCCGACGGAAGCAACGUCUUCGCACAAUCUGAGGAGGGCGAGGUGUAUGUGUGGGACAUGCGCAGCAGUCGCUGUGUCAACAAGUUUGCAGAUGAUGGCUUGUGUGAAGGGAACCAGCAUCGCUACAUCCAGGAACGGACAGUACCUGGGCCUGCGGCUCUCAGUCGGGAGUGGUCAACGUCUACUCUCAGCAGGACUGCCUGACAUCAGCCAAUCCCAGGCCUCUGAAGACGCUUAUGAACCUGGUAACCCCUGUGACCUCUCUGGCUUUCAACCCCGCCUCUGAGAUCCUCGCAAUGGCCUCGCAAAACGAGGACGAAGCCCUGCGUCUGGUCCACCUCCCCAGUUUGACAGUGUUCUCCAACUUCCCCAUCACACGAAGAAGAAGUACAUCCACCGCACCAGCUGCCUAGACUUCUCACCACAUAGUGGCUUCUUCUCAUUGGCUAACAACAAGGGUGACGCCCUACUGACUCGGUUGCUGCACUACAAGGACUUUUAAAAAAAGGAGGAUUGCGUAACACACAGUAACAGGACGCCAAAAUUAGAAGCCUUUGGGAUACAGAUUGUUUGGAGUUUAUGACUGACAGAUUACAAGUUGAAAGUGUUCCCUGAGAAACUGAACCAGUCUGUAGUUGUUCCGUACCUUGUAAUUGGAUAUUCAGCACACAGUUUCAAAGUACAAUGUUAAAGAGAACAGUGGGUUUUAUUGGUAGUGGGUCAGAAUCACUUGGUAGACGUGUCCUAUGAACUGCUGGGCCGCGUAUGGAUAGCUUCCAUGUAAAAACUCUUGUUGUGGUUGUUUUUGUUAUUAUUUUUUAACACAUUAUUGUAUAAAUGAAGUAAAAUAACCACGGUAUAUCCAUUCUAAUCUACUGUUUCUUGAUUUUGUGGGCCCAGCUAAAUCCCUCCACAAAAAUCCUUGUUGCGCUACAGAUCAAAUCAGUUUUGUACACCUACCAUCCGGUUUCUGGAGUUCACAUGGUGCUUUAAAUUUAAUUAAUCUGUAAUAUAAAAAAUUUAGUACAGGAUCCACAUUCAUGGCAACUUAGAGAACGCUAAUGAAGCUAAUUGUCUGGAUCCCAACAUUGAAGGCGGUGAGUAGCAAAAAUGUAGUAUUGGAAUCCAAUAAAACCCAUCCUAUCAUUUAGCCGACACUUUUAUCUAAAAUAAUUGAAACGUGAAGGGAAAUUUGUGUAAGAUGCAUGUAGGGGAUGAGGCAUCUUGCUCAAAGAUUCUCAGUCGUCCUGAGACAUUGGGGUUCAAACCGAGAACCUUGCGGCUAGGAGUAGACUCUUUAUACAUUACACUACCCAAUGACCCAAUGUCUUUGUCUUCUAUAUAUGUGGGCUUUUUGUGCCUUUUUAGAGUAGGAAAGGGUAGUUGGUUGAAGCAGAGAGGGAAUGAAAUGAAGCAUAGGACCAGAGUGCAAACCUGGGUCGUUCCAAGGAGUUCUGCCUAAAUGGUUAGCGCCCUAUAAAACCCCUAUAAUAAAACCAAUGAUCAAACCAAGAGUUUUUAAGGGUUGAUACCUAGUGCGCCAAGUUAAAUGUUCAGCAGAUCUUGUGUAAGGCAUUUUGAAUCACUCACAGCAUAGGAGAUGGUAUUUUGCACUGGUGCUAUUUGACACAGUGCUUCCUAUCCCUCUCUCACUCACACACACACACACCUGCCCUAGGAAUGUUCCCUUUCCUGUUGGUUUGCCGUAAGAAUGGAAAGCAUGUCCAUCAUGUCAAGUCAUCGGGCUUAAAAACCAAAUUGCCUUUAGGAACAGUUGUAUACCAAAUGGUUAUUGUUUUAAAAAAAUAUGAAUGAGUGCAGUGCCUGAAACACGUGCAUUAAAAAGCCACAGGAAUUUAUCUAGAGCAAGCUAUUCUAUAUCAAUAGGAUUCCUGAGGAAACAACAUAGUGUGACUUCUCAAUCUCUCAACGCUGCGCCUUGAUUCAAACUUGCCUGACAACUUUUUAUCUAUUUACCUUAUACAAGCGGUCAGCCAAUGCUAGUCUGCUCCCUGAUUUGACACACCCUCUACUGUGGGAUGGGAACUCAUGAACACACGCAUAAACAAGCAACACUCAGUCUUAAGACCCGUGCGGUAAGACUGUUUCAGGGUGGCUUGAGGAAAACAACUAUUCCGAUACACUCAGAGGAGAGACAUUUAACACAUAAGAUUAUCUCUAUAGUUCAAGGCAGCAGCUCAGAUGGCAGAGGCAUUAACAGAUCCAAGCCUGGACAUUUUCUCGGAGCAAGAGUUGACCUGCUCCAUUUGCCUGGAUGUGUUCACCGACCCCGUCUCCACACCCUGCGGACAUAACUUCUGCCAGGCCUGCAUCGGGGGGUACUGGGCCUCCAGUCGCGUGUGCAGCUGUCCACUCUGCAAAAGACAGUUUGAUGAGCGGCCCCUCCUCAACAUCAACAGAGUGUUUGCCCUCAUCGCGGAUAAAUACAAGCACUCCCGCUACGGAACGCCGCUACAGAAGGGGCUGCCCACGGCCGCCGGCGGACAUGAAGAGCAAGCGGGGACGUGCGCCUACGCUGCCACUAACCCGUUUGCGCCACCGGACCCGGGCGCGCUGGUGAAUUGCGACAUUUGCACCGGGGUGAAGCGGGCGGCCGUGAGCUCGUGCCUCGUGUGCACGGCGGCCUACUGCGAUGAGCACGUGCAGCCGCAUCUGACGUCUGCGUUCUACGCCUCCCACAGCCUGCUGGACCCCCAGGAGGCGCUGCGUGGACGCACUUGCGUCGAACACAAGCACCUGCUGGAGGUGUACUGUAGGACGUGCCAGAGCUGUGUUUGUGGGAUCUGUGUCUUGGGGGAGCAUCGCACUCACCAGACGGUCUCCGUUCAGACGGAGAGACUUCACAAACAGAAACUGUUAUCCAGGUCCGAGUUGGAGAUAGUGAACCGCAUUGAGGGGAAGAAUCUUCGUCUUAUGGGGCUGAAACAGCAGCUCCAUGUCGUCACGAACUACGCCAACGGAGAACAGGCAGAGGUGGAGCAGCUCCUCUCUGAGCUGUCCGAGUCCAUGGAGAGCAUCCGGGCACUCCUGCUGGGCAGGAUGCAGACCAAGAGGGACGCCGUGGUGACCCACGGGGAAGGGCUGGUGAGCCGCUUGGAGGCGGAGCUAGGCCAGCUGGUGGAGAGGAGGGCCCUGAUGGACACCCAGGCCACCAGCCAAGACCACAUUAGAUUCCUGCAGAAUUUCGACCAGACCAUGGCUCCUCUGGCCGCGGCCUCGGACCCGCAGGCCGAGGCGGAGUCCAAGCUGUCGCUGCACUUCAACCUGACGGACAUCAAGAGCGCCCUGACGGACGUGAGGGAGAGGAUGGACGAGAUCCGCACGGGGAACACCCGCUCCAGAGGCUCUUUGGGAUCCAUCUCCUCCGGGGAGAGGGAUAUGAGUGACGGAAUGUCCAGCUAUAGAGGAAGCAACUCCAGUCUGCGGGCCAGCCAGUGGUCUCUGAAAGAUGUGAAGAAGAUUAAGGCCGGAGCAGGCCUCAGAAAGAUCCUACCCUACAUGGAGGAUGUGACGCUGAACCCAGUGACGGCGUACCCCUUCCUAGUGCUCUCUGAAGACCGGAAGCAGGUGAAGAGGGGGGAGAAGCUACAGUUCUAUAGGAACAGCCAGCAACGCUUUGACAUCUGGUCCUGCAUUCUCGCCAAGGAGGGCUACGACACUGGACGCCACUACUGGGAGGUGAGCGUUGGGGACGGUAAGGACUGGAAACUGGGGGUUGUUUCCGAGUCGGCCCAGAGGAAGGGCCUGUUUGACAUGAGUCCCUCCAGUGGCUACUACGCCCUUUGGUGGAGCGGAAGUCAACUCCGUGCCCUCACAACUCCUCCACUCACGAAGGUGAAAAUAUCGUCCAAGUUACGCAAGGUGGGAGUGUUCCUGAGUUUGGAGGAGGGCCAGGUGUCCUUCUACAAUACCAAGACGGGCUCGGAACUCUACACCUUCAGGGGGUCAGAGUUCACCGAAAGGAUGUACCCGUUGCUAGGCACGGGCGAUAAGGAAGUCCCUCUGGUGCUCUUAACCGUCCAAUGAAAUAAGGCCCAAGUUGUUGCGGGGGGUUAUAUUUCUUCUUUUAAGGUUGGCUGACCAAGCGGCUUUGAUAUGUCCUUCAGUGAAUAAAACAAUAAAGACAAGUUUGAA